AACCAUUGUGACAAAUUAAUAAGCGAGGGUGCUAAUUUAAUAUUGAUGAGAUAUCUUGCAAUAACGAAUUUUAAGGGAAGCCUGAACCUGCACAGUUUACUAAUAGAGGGUUGCCUGGUUGACUGUAACUAUGUAAGUCAAUCCAUUGUGCGUACUACAUAACGAUAAAUAAAAUUUGUGUUUCUGAAAAUCCAAUAUUAUAUAUUAGAAAUGUUUGAAAGGAAAAUUGAUGCAAAUCAAUGGUCAAACCAUUGAGGUUUAUAAAAUAGAGAGAACUCUAUACAAAGAGGCGAGAUCGAUUCAGAAGAUUCAAACAUUUAUGACCAGAGAUGGAAGAAUUUUGCAGCACGAUUGGCUAGAGGUGCAAUAUUUACUUCAAAUAAAUCCUCUGAUCGACCUGAAGAAAUUUGGAUCACAGAAACAAUCAGAGGCAUUGACAAUGCGAACACCUUGGCAUGAAGACAUGGAACUGAUAUCCAAGUAUUUGGAUACAAAGACUUGUAAGGCAGCACAACAAAGUGAAUACCUGGCAGAUCAGCCACAAAUGAAACAACUUAUCUUCGAUUAUGUUCAAGCAUUACUAAUUGUAAAACCCUCCGAUGUCCUGAACUUCACAAUUCAACAUUUCAAGUCUUUCGCUAAAUAUCCGGAACGUGGAGAAGUCAGCUUAUCAGAAGAAGAGUCAGAAAUAAAUGUUUCAUCACAGUUUAGAGAAAAAGAUUCGACGCUAUGUAAAACCUGCAAGAUUUGUGUCGACUGCAAAAUGUUGAAGACCGCUCCAGUGGUACCAAUUGGAGAACAAUUUGCUGAGCUGCUGCAAUAUCCACCUAUUGAACCGGAGAGCCCAACAUUCUCCUCUUGUUCCGUGCGCACCAAGUGUUCCAGCGACGCACUUUGCGUAAGACGACAGACUCGGGGUAAUUUAAGUGUGACUUGUAUCAACGAUUGUAAGCCCUGUAAUUCCGAUGAGAUCCACACCCACUUUCUUGACUGCGUAAAAACAUGCGAAGGCUGCCAAAGACUAAGCAAGCCAUGUCCAGUGCAUAGAUCUUGUCCAGAGUGUUUGGGCUGUCACAAAAUCUGUGAAGAAUCUACCUUGUGACCAGAUUAUCGAACUUGUAGUAUUGGAACACUUCCGAUUCACAGCUGAUUAAUCAACAACAAAUAGUAUGAGUUUAAAUGAUUACUAAAACUGCGAUGCUUUCUAUGAAGCAUAAAUACUAAAGGUUGCAUAAAUAUAUAUAUAUUUUAAUAAAAUUAAA